UGGAGCAGGUACCGGGAGGAGGGUAAACAGUCAGUGAUCGCGCUGCCGCCCCCGGACCCGGACACACACGGACCCGGGACAGGGACAGGGACAGGGACAGGGACAGCCCCGCUCCUGAAGGACAUGAAUCCUCCGGCUGCGGCUGAUCUGUUUUUGCUGCAUGUUCUCCCCCCGGCUCUGGAGGAAGGAGGCGGCCCCGGCUCAGGCUCGGCCCCGGCCCCGCUCCUGAAGCCGUUCCCCGGGAGCGGCCGCCCGCUGCUGCAGGAUGCCGCCGCCGCCGCCGCCGCCUGUAAGCUGCAGCCUUUCGGCUUCCCCGGAACAAAAGGGUCGCGGCCGCAGCUGAUGGUUUUCCGGAACUUGGUUCGGCCGGAGGACGGGCUGCGGGGGCCCGGGCCCGGGAGCGGGAGCGGCCCCGGCCCUGGCCCCGGCCCCGGGGAGCGCGGGGACUGCUCCCGGGGUGAAGCUCGCUCUCCCCCGGGCUCCCCGGGAGCUGCAGGCCCGAGAGGCGGAGGCUGCUGCUGCCGCCGCCGGGAGGAGCGGGUCUGCUUCGACCUGGCCCGGGACUUUGGCGGCUUCUCGGUGGCGGGCGCCGGGGGGGAGUGGCCCUCGCUGCCGGCCUGGCAGUGCUCGCAGGCGGCGGAGGGAGCCGCGGGGACCGGGGAGAGCUCCGGGAGCCGUUCCCCGAGCGAGGAGGAGCCGACCGAGACCAGCGACGCGCUGCUGGUGCUGGAGGGGAUCGAGCUGGAAGCCGGAGGAGGGGGAGCGGACAGCAGCGGCUCCCCCGGGGAUGACCCUCCCUCUCCCGCCGCCCCUCCGGCUCCCUCCCCCGGUCUGACCGAGCCCGGGAGUCCGGGAGCUCUGUCCAAAGUGCGGCUGAGCCGCUGCUCCAGCUCCCCCAGCCCGUCGCUGCAGAGAGGCGCCGAGGACAAGCUGCUGGGUCGCCUGCCCGGGAAAAGCCGCAAGAGCGCCCUGAAAAUCCGCCUCAGCAAACUGUUCCGCACCAAAAGCUGCAGCGACCCAGCAGCCAAGAGACAUUCCGUGGAGCUGGACACAUCGGCCGGCUGCCUGGUGCAGAUCUCCCAGCUGCAGGAAGGUUACACCAUCAGAAGGUACAAAGAAACCCUCGCUGCUGUUAACCCGACUCUCGGGGAGGGAGGGUUAGGGGGACUGUUAGCCCUGUUUAACCAGAAUCCAAAGGUGACAUUAUACCCCCACAGGGAGAAAACUGAGGGACAGAGUCAGGGGCGAAAUGUGUGUCGCUGGAGGAAAACAAAAAGCACACAUUAUGCCCGGAACGUCGACUCAACAGGACAUAGGGGAGGACACUUCAGGGUCAACCGUUGGCUAUAGUCUGGUGUGACGACCUCGUCCACUCAACAGGACAAUUGGGGUUAAGGGGAGACUGAAU